UUCGCGUGGGGCGUCCGUGUUGUGUUUCUGUUUAGCCAGUGCGCGCAGCGGAACGCCAGGUCCAUAACUUUAAAGAUGGAUGACAUAUUUAACUACAGCAGAGCACUGAACCGAAGUUCACCUGGCGAUGAGACAUUUAGUUUCGAAGACAUCGAUGUGAGCGCGGACAGCACUCCCAUCCUUAGGAUACUCAUCUCCGUGGUGUACUCUGUAGUUUGCGCGGUAGGUUUGGUGGGGAAUCUGCUCGUGUUUUUCCUCAUGAGGGUACGACAAGGUCGAAAGAAGUCCACCAUCAAUUUGUUCAUCAUCAACUUGGCAGUGACGGACUUCCAGUUCGUGCUCACUCUGCCCUUCUGGGCCGUGGACACCGCGCUGGACUUCAGCUGGCCGUUUGGAGACGCCAUGUGCAAAAUCAUCCUCUCGGUCACCGUGAUGAACAUGUACGCCAGCGUGUUUUUUCUCACUGCCAUGAGUGUGACCCGUUACCUAUCUGUCGCCUCGGCCCUGAAGAAAACAGCGUACAGGAGGUCACGGUGCGUAAAGUGGGUGUGCGCGGUGCUGUGGGUGGCGGCAACAGUGGCCACAGCUCCGACAACUUUCUUCUCCACCGUGACUGUGAUCGCUGGUGAAAAACUCUGCCUCCUCAAGUUUCCAGAUGGAUACGACUGGCUUGCCCUCUAUCACAUCCAGAAAAUAUUGAUAGCCUUCAUCAUCCCUAUGCUCAUAGUCUGUGUUAACUAUCUGAUGCUCCUGCGCUUCGUAAAACGGAGAAGCAUGGACAGCAGCAACCCUAAACGGAGGUCUAGAGUCACCAAAUCUGUCGCUAUAGUGGUUUUGUCUUUCUUCUUCUGCUGGAUGCCAAAUCAUGCCAUCACCUUCUGGGGUGUUUUGGUCAAAUUUAACGCAGUCGACUGGGAUAAGUCAUAUUACACGGUGCACACGUAUGUGUUCCCGGUCACUGUGUGCUUGGCGCACGUUAACAGCUGCUUGAACCCGGUCCUUUACUGCCUGAUGAGGCCAGAGAUUAGGAAGCAUCUCAGCGGUUUGAUUUGGAGAAUCUCCACUCCUUCCUCCAAGAAGGGCUGCGCGACGCGCUCUUUUACGCAGGGAGAAACUCAGGAAGUCGUGCCUCUCCAGAUUAUGGACAAUGCAGAGUACACACUGUCCAUCAUAGACCGUGAAGGCUUACCAAGCUCCAAAAUGAUGCCAUACACCCGAUAACUCAGUCUUGUGAAAUAAAGACCCCAUGCAGCUGCUUAUUUUACCCUGCUUGUCCACCUGUAACUGUCAUGACUCGUGCGUAAUACGUCCGCUAGAAUCAUCAUACUGUAUGACAUGAACUAUAAGUGUAAAGUAUUUCAUUUCUAAAACUGUCACAAGAUCACUUGUUGAUUCCACUCAUGAAUACACGGGUGUGCACUUCUUUUUUUAUGACUUGCAAUUUUUUAUUUUACAAUAAACACAUAUGUCAUACAACAGAUGACACACAGUGAGAAUAUUCCAGAGUGACAAUAAACAUGGCACCAGAGAGUCGGGGAGAGUGGGUUGGACAAACGUCUGCAGGGCGGAAUCGAACUGGAGAAAUGGCGGAAUAACGGGACUCCCGGCAAAACAAACAUGGGAUUAUAUUAUGAAGGACCUACAAUGGAUUCUGAGGUCGAAACAGAAUCAAAAGGCUCCAAUGUUUUCAAGCCUGUCUGUAGAUCAACUGCCUUUUCCAUCUGAAGUAGGCCUAGUAAGUGGUUAAUUUCAAGUGGACAUAGAUUUCACUUAACUUCUAAUCCAUUCUGAGGCACCGUCAAUUCUCUAAUGGACAUGUAUAGUUAGCCUAUAUUCUGUAUUGUGUACAUAAAAAAUGUGAUUUUCAAACCUCAUAAUUCUAAGCUGUGUGCAACCACUAAUGUACAAAAAAGAGUGUAUAUAUACUGCAGCCUAUUGUAUAUUUUCUCAUUCAUAUUAUUUUUUACACUCAAUGUUUCUGUCACAUCAUUAAUUAAUAUAAAUGUGGACAUGCUUUCAUCCUGUCAGAUUUAACAGGUGCAUUCCUAAA